UGUUAUCAUCCUGAAACAAGUGCCAUUCUUUUCAGCAAUGCCAACAAACUUUUUGCAGUUACAGCGAAAGCAAGAUAACACCGGAAAUAGUGUCACUUGCCUUUGAAAGCUGUAAAAAAUUCGGAGAAUUUAGUGGCGCCUCUUUCAUUUAAGAUUCUUUAUUGCACCCACCCCCCUAAUUUGUUAUCUCGCCGUCAAGGUAUUUCGCUCAACAAUUUCGGGUAUUUAUUCGGGGGCAUUUUUCAAUUCUGCGACAGUUCCAGAAGUGAGUUCGAAGUAAACACAGCGCUCUCUCAAGAUGUAUACCAAACGCACUGCCCUAUUUUUCCUUGUAGCAAUGACAAUCGCUACGGUGCAUUCGGCAUCAGUUGCUACACAACUGGAGGUGAAGGAUCAAAAACAAACAUCACUGAUUGAAAAACUUCCAUUUUCCAUGGCCAACAUAGCCGCCCUUGGAGCAGGAGUGUUCGUUGUUACAGCCGGUAUCACUGCCUUCUUAUCCCUUCCGCUGUUGGCUGAAAAACUUUGUUUCGCCUUUGGAAUUUUCUGCUUGAAUCCAUUUUCAGAAUUUGACGGUUACAGAAGCAUCAAUUUGAGCGAUAGGAAUAAGAGAUCGCUCGAGUAUGUCGAACCGAUCUUGGCGAUGCUGAUGAAGGCUUACGACACCUAUGCUGAUGACGGUUUAAAAAAAAAGUCCAAAGUUCCAAAAUUUUGAGAACAUUGUCGUUGAUCAUACAGAUGGCCCCUGUUGCAAUUAGUAUUUUUAAUGGGACGUUCACGAUGAUCAAACUUGUCCAUGAUCUCUGUAAGGGAAUACAAACUGCAAUAAAUCUUCUUACCCUAAUGUAUGAAACUACGAAGGAGUAUUAGAAUAUGUAUUUAUGUACAAAGAAUUACGGUUAAUAAAAAUUGUGAUACAUG